AUGCGUUACACGCUCUUUCAAGUGCCUUUGCCACUCAACCCCAAACAUGGGGCAUCGCACUACCUCAAGUCAGAAAAUCAGACGCUUUGGUCAAGGAAUGCAGCUCGGGCCGCAAAAGCAAAGGGGGUUGUUGAUGAGACAGUAUCUGUAGCUCCCAGUGAGGGCAGACGUGGUUCUAAAGUCAUUGUGGUCCACCCUGGCUCGCGCUUCUUGCGCAUCGGCAAGGCAUCAGACGUGACACCUCUUACAAUCCCAAGUGUCGUCGCCAGAAAACACAGACCACCGGUCCCGGCGCCCCAACAUGUCCCUGGAAUUGCAAGACAGCGUGAGGGCAUGGCCCGCGCGACGUUUGCAGCUUCCCAGAACAACGACGAAUAUGCUGUGCAAGUCAACUCAGAUGACCCUUACGACUCGAAGGUAGCAGCCAUCUUAAUUUCCUUGAGAGACAGAAUGCGCUUCUACAAAUUGCGGGUCACCCAGAACGCCGCUAGUAUUGCCUCCACAUUUAACGAACAAUUCAUUCCGGAGACCAUACCUGAAUCAAACGAUCCUUUUCGCAUUGAUUGGAUACAUGGACCUACAGAAGAAGAGUAUGUUGUGGGCGAAAAGGCUUUGCGUUUAGCGGACCCCCCGGGUCUUGGUUACGUAGUGAAGUGGCCUUUUUAUUGUGGUAAACUGAACACUAGAGACUACUCAUCAAUUCAAUUGGCACUUAACGACAUCGAGACCCUCCUGCGUGUCACCCUCAAGGAAAGGCUUGGAAUCGAUGAGCGUGCUAUCACGGUACAUGAUUAUUCUGUGGUGCUGGUAAUACCAGAUUUCUAUGACCGGUCCUACGUGCACGCGAUGGUCAGAAUGUUAUUGGUCUCCAUGGGCUUCAAGCAAUUAUGCGCGCAGCAAGAAUCUCUAGCAGCAACAUAUGGAGCAGGAAUUUCAAACGCGUGUGUUGUGGACAUGGGGGCCACCAAGACGAGCAUUGCGUGCGUUGACGAUGGUCUCGUCUUAAGUGAUACAAGGAUGUCGCUUAACAUGGGCGGUGACGAUAUCACUGAGUUUCUCUAUGUCCUAUUACAUCAGAUAAGAUUUCCCUAUAAAGACGUCAAUCUAGCUCGUUCGUAUGAUUGGAAUGUGCUUGAAGAUCUCAAAGCACGUCUGUGCACACUCGCAGAGGGAGAUGUCGCCCUGAAUCUGUAUGAUUUUGUCGUUCGGAGACCCGGUCAACCGGCAGAAAAAUAUGGUCUUCGGGCAUAUGAUGAAAUCAUACUUGCGCCAAUGUGUCUCUUCGAGCCCCGCGUCAUCGAAUUUGAUCAAAAGCGCCAGGGAAUGAGCUCGGUGUCACAUCCUGACGUUACUGAAGACAUUGUGGAGCAAUCUUCUGACCAUUUUACACAAGCUAUGGUGAUCUCUACUCAACAUCUUUUGCCAGCUGCGGUCCUACCAUCAGCGAUGCUCUCAAAGCAGCUUCAGUCUCUACCCGCGUCAGGACCACAAACACCUGGGGUGGGAUCACAACCAACGUUUGCUGUCUCCCCACAGCCAGCUCAGGGAGGUCCGCUGCCUCAGCCGCUCAAUCUUGGAAGUUCAUACAAGGCUGAAUUUAUUUUUGUCGAUGCAUCCAAUUUUGUGGAUGUUGUCUCAGAUGCACCUGGCGCAGACCUUGCCGAUGCUCCAAUAGACGAGACUCGUGGAGAGGCGCCCCCAGGAAUCACGCCGGCAGACUCCACUACACCGGUCCCUACGGCAUCUACAACUCCUGUUCCAGCGUCAGCAAUUGGCGAAGGAACGGCAGACGUCCCCAUGGAGAUUCUCGACCAUGAGGAAGGCGAUAUAAAGCCGUCUAUAGCUGACGCACUGCCUAUAGAUGCUAUCGACCAACCCGUACAAACGUCUGCGCCUGUACAGAUUUAUCCUGGAGGAUACACAAUUGAUGUCUGUUUUGAGGCUAGCAAAUUGCCGUUGGAUGUUGCAGUAUUCAACAGCGCUCGAGCGGCAGGCGGGGACGAGAAGAUUCGCAAGUAUCUUCAGGCGGUCCUGAUCAUCGGUGGAACGGCGCUAGUGCCUGGCAUGGCGCAUGCAUUGGAAAGCAGAUUGCAGGCCAUUGCCACACCCUUAGUUCCCAAUAUGGAGAAGGUGCAAAUUAUUCCUCCCCCAAAAGAUGUCGACCCCCGCGUGCUCGCCUGGAAAGGCGCAGCAGUCCUGGGUAAAAUGGAUGGAGUAGCUGAUCUAUGGAUUACUGCCGCGGAUUGGGAUAUUCUUGGAAUGCGUGGUCUCAAAGAACGUUGCUUCUUCCUUUGA